GACUGAAAGCUUGGAACACACUUGAAUUGUUCCUGGUAUAUACUUAUUUCACAAUUGAUAGAAAAAAUCAUCCAGAAGAUAUUUUUAUCUGCUCUAAAUAAACUAGUGAUGCCUAAAUCAGCUAUUCUGCCUCUGACACAUCUUCAUGAUGGAAAAUAUGGAGAAAUCCCAGAAAAAGAAAAUGAAGCACUGCUACACUUGUCAGACCCAAUGGUUCAGUCAUUCAACCACGCCAUUGGCGAGGGUUUGCAGAUGGCCAUUAGCAACCUUCCUCCUGUUGAGAUGACGACUCAUGAUCAGCCUAUCAUUAUUUCCCUGGUGGAUGCCAAAAUCUAUUCCCCACAAGUUACAUCUCUGAUGGAUGAAGUUCACAACACAAAGACAUACCCUCGCCAGUGUAUAGAGUCAGGCUCAACUUACAAGGCCUCGCUGCAGGCUACAUUUGGCUUCAUUGUUAAUGGCAAGAGAAUGCCAUAUGUGGAGCAGAACCUUGGACAAGUUCCCAUCAUGGUUAAGAGCAAGCUAUGCAGUCUGUAUGGUCUCAGUCCUGCGGAGCUUGUGCAGCGCGGAGAGAACCUCAAUGACCCCGGCGGCUACUUCAUCGUCAACGGGGCCAGGAGGAUCUUGAGGACGCUGACGGCACAGCGGCGUCACUAUCCUCUCGCCCUGACCCGCGACACGUGGCGCCACCGGCAGGAGCUGCUCUCAGACAAGGGCGUCGUCAUACAGUGCGUCGCGCCUGAUGAGACGGUCUCUACGAACGUACUGCACUACCUCAACACGGGCGCCGCCAAGCUCGGGUUCAUCAUUAACAAACGGACGUUCCUCGUGGACCUCGCCAUGAUGCUCAAGGCGCUCAGAGAUGUCAACGACCGCGAGAUUGUCACCAUCUUCGCCGCCAUGCGCGGCCAUGACACCUUCUUUAUCGAGAAGGUGAAGCAGAUGUUGUCGGAGCUGGCGGAGAGGAAAUCACACUAA